AUGGCUAACCUCAUCGAGUACGCCAAGCUAGGGGACACCAACGAGCGCGCCAUGCGCAUGGCGAAUUUCUGGCUGACGGAGAAGGACCUCAUCCACAAGCUGUUCAAGGUGCUGGCACCACGGUUCCAGCCUCACCCCGGCAGCUACACCCGCCUGCUGCAGAUCCCCAACCGGGAUGGCCUUGACCGCGCCAAGAUGGCGGUCAUCGAGCUCAAGGGGAACCCCUUCCCACCGCUCAUCCGCCCGCGCCGUGACUCCGAGAAGACAUUGCUCAACCAGCUCCUGAAGGGCUACCGUGAGGACAUGCAGCGCACAGCAGCCCCGCAGGCCCCCGAGGGCACCCCUGUCUAG